UGCGGCGCGGUGCGGUGCGGUGCGGCGCGCGCCCCUUUCCACCACAUCCGGGACAGAGGCUCGUUAUUGUUCGAGCGCGCACGAGCAGGCCCACUUCGCUGUGAUACAGAAGCGCAGCACUCAGCUCUGUGGGAACUCGUCUAUUAUUACUAUUACUGGUUCAGGUUUGGCUGGAGUUUAGUGGACACAUGGCUGUGAGACGAGGACACAUCAGAUACCUGAAGGUUUGUGAGGUGCAGAGUCAGGGGAAUGACCGAGAGCUGCAGCAGCUCGGCAAGGGGGGGAGCAUGAAGGAUGCCUACGAUCUUCCUAACGGUUUUGAGAGCCACUUGGGAGAUGAACCCAAAGAUGCUAAAACAAACCUGAUAGUCAAUUACCUGCCCCAGAACAUGAGUCAGGAUGAGCUGCGCAGUUUGUUCAGCAGCAUCGGGGAGGUCGAGUCCGCCAAACUCAUCCGUGACAAAAUGGGAGGCCACAGUUUAGGGUACGGAUUUGUUAACUAUAUUAACCCUAGUGAUGCAGAAAGGGCAAUCAGUACUCUCAAUGGGCUGAGACUACAGUCUAAAACUAUCAAGGUCUCUUAUGCCAGGCCAAGCUCUGACACUAUAAAAGAUGCCAAUCUUUACAUUAGUGGCCUGCCCAAGACCAUGACACAGAAGGAUGUGGAGGACUUGUUUACCCAGUAUGGACGCAUCAUUAACUCCAGGGUGUUGGUGGAUCAGGCUUCAGGCCUGUCACGUGGCGUCGCUUUCAUUCGCUUCGAUAAGAGAAUUGAAGCAGAAGAUGCCAUCAAGGGUCUGAAUGGCCAGAAGCCCACUGGAGCAUCCGAGCCCAUCACAGUCAAGUUUGCAGCAAAUCCCAACCAGGCGAAGAACUCCCAGCUGCUGUCGCAGUUCUAUCACACGCAGUCCCGGCGAUUUGGAGGCCCGGUUCAUCAUCAGACUCAGAGGUUCAGGUUUUCACCAAUGAGCGUAGACCACAUGAGUAGUGUGUCUAGCAUGAACGUGGCGUCGAGCUCAACCUCCGGCUGGUGCAUUUUCAUUUACAAUCUGGGCCAAGAUUGUGAUGAAGGCCUGCUGUGGCAGAUGUUCGGCCCGUUCGGGGCGGUCACCAACGUAAAAGUAAUCCGUGACUUCAACACCAACAAAUGCAGAGGCUUCGGCUUCGUCACCAUGACCAACUACGAAGAGGCAGCCAUGGCCAUCGCCAGCCUCAACGGGUAUCGUCUAGGGGACAAAGUGCUGCAGGUUUCCUUCAAGACCAAUAAUUGUAAAUAUUCCUUCAGCGACCCCUGUAACCUUCCCGAGUCUAUCUGAAGUGAUUAAGGUUUUGGACCAAAGGCGACGGAGAGUUUGCUUCAAAUUACUGAUUUAUACAAAUGUUUAUUGAAGUUUUUUUUUGGCAUGUGAUAUUGUAGUUAAUAUGAUCACAUACGUUUUGCUUUGAGAAGUUUUGUUUUCUUGAUUGACUUUUUUUUUUUUUUUUGGACUGUUGUGAAGCUCUCCUCUGGGGUGGACUUUGGUCACCAUUUCAUUUUGAAUGUAUAACUUUACUGUCCCCACACACACACACACACUGUCUUCUGUUUAUGACUCUAAUUCAUUGUUUUUCUACUUGUUUUGUAAUGGAGUCUGCAACUUACACAAACUGUACAUAGUAAUUUGUUCUGCUUGGUGUAAGAGUCACUUCUAAUCCUGAACCACUCUGAAUCCAGGGCAUAUUAAACAUUUAUUGAUGAGUAUAUUGUUUGUUUAUAGGCAGCCUGCAGUUUUUGCUUACAGUACAGUUUUUCCUUUUUCUCUCUGAUCGUAUGCAUGUUCAUUUGAUGUUCCUUAGCUGUAGCUUCACUCUGUCUACUUCAUCAGAAGUGCUAUGGCGCUUUUAUGUAUUUACAAAUAAACACCAUGGUUUUGUUGUAA